AUGGAGACCGAAUCCCCCGUCUUCCGCUAUGACGAGAAGAAGUCCGACAUUGAGGAACAUGUCUACCCCUCUGAGGGGGAGAUUACGGACGUUGAGCUGGAGGAGUUGACGGCCUUGGUCAAAGAAACUAUCUCCGAGCACGAGAUGGACGGCAAUUUUCCCCAGGAGAUGUUGGACGAGGCACGAGAGUUCCUGACUAAGGACCCCAAGCAGAUCACGGCGUUGGAGGCCCAGUCCCUGCUCCAUGAUAUUCGCAAGCAGCGUGACCUCUUGUUGAAUGACUCGCCCUAUCCCGAAGUCCGUGCUGUCGUCGACCCUAUCGAUGAUCCUGAAAUGUCGGCCAGCACCUUCCGUUCUUGGUUUAUCGGCUUGGUUCUCACCGUCGUCUUUACCGGUGUCAACCAGCUGUUUACCCUGCGAUACCCGACGAUUAUCCUUUACUCCUACGUCUCGCAGGUCGUAUCUUACCCCAUUGGUACUUUCAUGGCCAAGGUUUUGCCUACUCGCCAGUUCUCUCUGUUUGGCUACCGUUUCUCCUUCAACCCUGGGCCCUUCAAUCAGAAAGAGCAUAUGCUGAUCACCGUCAUGGCCAAUGUUGGAUACGGAGGUUACAUGGGUACCGCGUAUACGACCAACAUCUUCACUGUGCUGAAAAUCAAGAAGUGGUAUGAUGAUACCGCUCUGUACAACAAGGCUGGCUUCCAGAUCCUGUUGACGCUCUCGACUCAGUUUCUGGGAUACGGAUGCGCGGGUCUGGUGCGCCGCUUCUUGGUCUUGCCGCCGUCUAUGAUCUAUCCCAAGGCCUUGGCGACAAUUGCCCUGAACAAGGCUUUGCACAGUGAUGACAGAGGCGAGAUUGUGCACGGAUGGACCAUGUCUCGCUAUCGAUUCUUCCUGUACUCUUUCGGUGCCAUGUUCAUUUGGUAUUGGUUCCCGGGAUACAUCUUCCAGGCUCUCUCCUAUUUCAACUGGAUGACCUGGAUUGCCCCGGAGAAUACCACCCUCGCGGCAGUCACUGGUAGUAUUACUGGGCUGGGAAUUAACCCGUGGCCCACAUUCGACUGGAACUUGGCUUCCGUUGUCUACGAUCCCAUCAUUACCCCCUAUUAUGCUCUGUGCACGAUCGCCCUAGGAACGGUCUUCUUUUGUGUCUGCGUGAUCAUCCCCAUUUGGUGGACCAAUGUCUGGCAGACGGCAUACUUCCCCAUCAUGAGCAACUCUCUAUUCGACAACACCGGCGCUACCUAUGAUGUUUCGAAAAUCAUGGUCGAUGGUGUUUUCAAUGCUGAGGCCUAUGAAGCCUAUAGCCCUCCUUACAUGACUGCCUCCUAUGCUGUCAUGUUCUUCUGCUUCUUUGGAGCCUACAUGGCUGGUGUUGUUCACAUCCUUCUUUACAACCGUUCUGAGCUGGGCAAGGGGUUCAAGUCUUUGUGGCAAUGGAAAAACGCUCGCGAGGAGCAUGAAGAUGUCCACAAUCGUCUGAUGAAAAAGUACAAAGAUGCUCCAGACUGGUGGUACCUGAUCAUUCUGGCCCUUUGCUUCAUCGUUGGUUGUGUUGUCGCCCAUGUGUAUACUCCCGGGUUCCCCAUCUGGGGCAUGGUCGUCAGCUUGUUACUGUGUCUCAUCUUGCAAGUCCCCUACGGCAUGGUGUACGCCAUUACCAACGCCGAAGUGACGAAUAACGUUCUCGCCGAGCUGAUUGCUGGUUACGCACUGCCCAACCAGCCUGUCGCCAAUAUGAUUUUCAAGACUUACGGUGUCGUGUCCUGCGCCCAGGCUAUCCAAUUCGUCUGUGAUUUGAAGAUGGGGCACUACAUGAAGAUUGCCCCUCGCGUCAUGUUCAGUGCCCAGUGUAUUGCCACUGUGGUCGCUGCCUUCGUUAGUAUCGGUGUGAACGCUUGGGCGUUGGCUAACAUCCCAAACGUCUGUGAGACGGGACAAGCAUCCGGUUUCAACUGCGAGGGUUAUACCACUUUCUUCACCUCCUCCGUCAUCUGGGGUGCUAUUGGACCCGAGAGACUAUUUGCCAGUGGAAAGAUGUACAACGCCACGCUGUACGGAUUCCUGUGCGGUGCCCUCCUACCCGUGCCGUUCUACCUCCUGUCGAAGGCCUUCCCCAAGUCCGGUUUCCGUUACAUCUACUCACCGCUAUUGCUCUACGGAAUGAUGAACUUUGCUCCUUACAACCUGACAUAUGUCAUCGCCCCUUUGAUCGUUGGUACCGUGUUCAAUUACUACAUCAAGCGUCAUUAUCUUGCUUGGUGGGAAAAGUACGCUUAUGUGCUCACUUCUUCGUUCGGAGCUGCUCUCGCUAUUUCCGCUGUGAUUAUCUUCUUUGCCGUCGAGUACCACACAGUUGAUAUCAACUGGUGGGGAAACUCGGUUUCAUUCGCUGGAUGCGAUGAUAGUGGAUGUACUUUGCGCGCUGUUCCGGCUGGUGGAGUUCCCGCCUGA